AUGGACUUUGAGGUCUGGGUAGAUGAUUUGCAGCUUUUCUUGCAGUGCGAUAAGGCAGACGGCCUCUCCCUGUUUGACCUCACUUCUAGUGCCUCCCCUGCCCCUGCUGCUGAUGCUGACGCCACUAUUCGCUCACAGUGGGCCACACGUGACGCUGCUGCUCGCCUUGCUAUGCGCCGCCACUUACCGACCACUGAGCGUGCACACCAUAGCCAGUACAAGAGUGCUCAGACCUUGUACGACGCUGUAGUUGCACGCUACUCUUCCCCUGCCACUGCUGCACUGAGCCGCCUCAUGCUACCGUACCUCUUCCCUGACCUUGCUACCUUUCCAGCUGUUGCUGACCUCAUUACGCACCUCCGCACUAGUGACACUCGCUACCGCGCUGCGCUUCCUGCUGAGGACCACUUCCUCCCGGUUUGCCCCACCACUCUCACCGUUGACCUCCUCGAGAAGGCCCUCCUAGCGAUAGAGAACAACAUAGUCGCUGUAGGAGCCUCUCGUGGUGACCCGCGCACCACCGUCUUUGAGGGGUGUUCUCCCUCCCCCCUCUUGCCAUCUGUUGCCUCUACUGCUGCGGCCGACCUCGUUGGUUUCGAGUCGGUCGCUGCGUCUGCCCCGAGCAGGAGACGCCGCACCGGCAAGGGCAAGGGGGGCAAGGGCACUGGAGGAGGUGGAGAAGGCGGUGGAGGUGGUGGUGGAGGCGGUGGAGGGAGUGGGGGUGGUGGUGGGAGUGGUUCUGGGGGUGGCGGCGGCGGCGGCGGGAGUGGAGGCGGCGGAGGCGGUGGAGGUGGCGGAGGGAGCGGAGGCGGCGGAGGUAGUGGAGGAGGCGGAGGUGGAGGAGGCGGCGGCGGCGGAGGCGGCGGUGGUGGAGCAAGUUGCGACUCUGCGUCGAGGAGUGGCGCCGGUGGUGGUCAGCGCCAGCAGCAGCAGCGGAGUGGUGUGACCCUGUCCCCUCAGCAGCUUCGUGAGUGGUACACUGCACGCCAGCGCAGUGGGGGUUUUGGUCCCUGCUCUUACGUUCUCCGUACCGGCGACCCCACUGACCUGGGCAUUGAGGCUGCUGCGCUAGGUGCUGGUGAGGCUGCUGCUCUAGGUGCUAGUGCGUCUGCUGCCCCAGGUGCCAGUGCGUCUGCCGCCCCAGGUGCUGGUGAGUCAGCUCUCUCAGGUACUACGUCGGCUCAGGCCUUCCACACCUUCACCCUGGACUCGGGUGCGUCCCGCUCCUUCUUUCGAGACCGCACCACUCUUACGCCGCUUAGUCGGCCGGUUGUAGUCUCCCUAGCAGACCCCUCUGGGGGUCCUUACCUUGCUAGCUUCUCCACUGUCCUUCCGUGCCCUGCAGCCCCCUCUGGUACCCUGUCUAGUCUCUACCUCCCCUCGUUCUCUACGAACUUGGUGAGUGGAGCGGACCUACAGGAUCGAGGGGUUGACGAGUUCACUCCUGGGAGUCAGCGAGUGAUCCACUACAAGUGUGCUCGGACAGGCCGACACUUGGCCACGUUCACCCGUCGACCAGGGUCGAGCCUGUACACCCUUACUGCUGAGUCUCCUCCUACUGCUGCGUCGAUUCAGGUGUUUGGUGCCGCGUCCAGGUCUGGUCCUGAGUCUGCCCCCUGCUCGUGUCGUCUGCUGUCCCACUUGACUCUCCUUUGGCACCACCGCCUUGGUCAACCCUCCUUGCCUCGUCUCCAAGGCAUGGUCUCCCGUGUCCUUGUCUCUAGUCUUCCUCGGUCUCUCCCUCCCCUUCCUCUGGGGCCUGGCCCUACCUACGUCCCCUGCGUCGAGGGUGGGCAGAGGAGAGAGCGGUACUUUCUCCUGGUCGUUGACGACUACUCGCGUUACACCAUAGUCUUCCCCUUGCGCAGCAAGGGUGAAGUCACAGAGACGAGAGGAGUUUCCUCUGCACGUCUAAGAGCCUUCUAUCAUGCACAGAGCAUCCGUCAGACCUUCACACUUCCGGCCUCUCCACAGCAAAAUGGGAUUGCUGAGCGCCGCAUAGGCAUGGUCAUGGACGUCGCGCGGAAGGUUGGCGAUGUGUCUGCGUUUCGUGUCUGGGGAUCUCGGGCGUUUGUCUGCGACUUCUCUGCGGACAAGCUGUCCCCCCGUGCUGUUCCUUGCGUCUUCCUUAGCUUCCACCCUGACGUGCCUGGGUGGCAGUUUUACCACCCCACCACGCGUCGUGUUCUGUCCUCCCAGGACGUCACCUUUGACGAGUCGGUGCCUUACUACCGUCUGUUCCCCUACCGCACUGCGCCCCUCCCCCCGCCGCCGCUCUUCCUUGCGCCAGGUGCUACUCAGGUAGACCCCCUCCCUCCUCAGGGUCCUGCCCCUUCAUGUGUGUCCCAGGUAGACGCAGUCGAGCCUGUCGAGGUAGCUGUAGACUCUGGUGCUGCUAGAGGUGCUGAGCCUGCAGGUGCCGGGUCUGCCGGUGCCGGGUCUGGGGGUGGUGAGUCUGGGGGUGCUGAGACUGGAGGUGCUGAGCCUGGGGGUGCUGAGUCUGGGGGUGCGGAGCUUGGGGGUGCUGGGUCUGCUCGUGUGGCUGCAGGCGGUACUUCGUCGAAGCGGGAGCCGCUCUCUCCACACGAGUUGCGCGUGUGGUUCGCGCGCCGCUGGAGACGUGCUGCCAAGUCUAGGGGUGUUUGCGCUGGUGUUUCUACUGGUGCUGGUGCGUCUGGGGGUGCUGCUGAGGGAGCUGGUGCUAAGAGUCCUAUUGGAGUUGGUGCUACUGGAGGUGGAGCUCCUAGGGGUGUUGGCGCUGGUGUUCCUACAUGUGUUGGUGCGUCUAGGGGUGCUGCUGAGGCAGCUGGUGCUCACGGUCCUACUGGAGUUGGUGCUGCUGGAGCUGGAGCUGCUAGGGGUGUUGGCGCUGGUGUUUCUACUGGUGCUGACGGUCCUACCGGAGUUGGAGCUGCUGGAGCUGGAGCUGCUGGGGGUGUUGGCGCUGGCGGUGCUGCUGACGCUGGUACUUCUGAGGGUACUGGAGUUGACGCUAUUGGAGCUGGAGGUUCUGCUAGCGCUGGUGCUGCCGCUGGGGCUCCUGGUGUUGCUGGUUCUAGAGGCGCUGCGCGGCCGAGACCGUAG